CGUCGACGUCUUGAUCUGAUAUCAAUGGCAGAAGUGAAGCUCCUGGGGUUUUGGGCGAGCACAUUCAGUGACAGAGUGAUAUGGGCUCUAAAACUGAAGGGUAUAAACUAUGAGCAUGUAGAAGAAGACCCUUACAACAAGACCCAACUGCUUUUACAGCAUAACCCAGUUCAUAAGAAGGUUCCUGUACUUAUUCAUGCUGGCAAACCAAUUGCCGAGUCUUCCAUGAUCCUUGAAUACAUUGAAGAAACAUGGCCACAGAAUCCACUACUGCCUCAAGGUGCCUACGAGAGAGCCAUGGCUCGUUUUUGGAUCAAAUUUGGUGAAGAAAAGAUGGCCACCAUUUGUGCAGUCUUGAGAACUGCCGGAGCAGAACAAGAGAGGGCAAUAAAAGAAGCAAUGGAACUGCUGAAAAUCUUAGAAGAGCAAGGUCUUGGGGACAAGAAGUUCUUUGGUGGGGAUGCCAUAGGACUGGCAGACAUAGCGUUUGGUUGGCUUGCUUACUUAUUUGGAGUCAUAGAAGAAGUAGCAGGUGUUAAUGUGCUGGAUGCAAACAGAUUACCUCGACUGCAUGCAUGGAUUGACAAUCUUAAGGAAGUUCCUGUGAUCAAAGAAAAUCUGCCCGACCGCCAGAAACUGUUGGGACACCUGAAACGCAGGAGGGAGACUCACCUCGCACUUCCAAAUUUAUGAACAAAAAUUAGUCUUGAUUCACUCUAUUGUUUC